AUGAAGGUCCUCCAGCUCGCUGCCCUUUUCGGAGGCGCUGUCUCGGCAGCUAAUCGUCUGGUCCUUCGUAACGGUGAGUACAUUGCAUUACAUCCAGUCUCAAGCUGCUUCAGUCCUGCUCGCUGCUCUCACCGGCAAGAUGCCAUUUCAUCCGCAUCUUUGCUUCCGUUCGAUGGCGAAUCUUCUAACAUGGGAACAGGUGAUCGACGUGACAUCGCCUCGACCACGACUGAGGUCAUUCUCGUCACCUCAACCUCCGUCCAUACGUCGCUGUGCACCGUUCCCGCAGACUGUCCCGCUGGUGCCACGGUCUUGCUCACGUCCACCACGGUCGUAGCCACUACUACCACCAUCUGCUCGACUCCUGGUGCGGUCAUCCCACCUGUCGGAGCCUCCACUGUUCCAAUUAGCAGCUCGGCCUUGCCCAUCGCUUCCACUCCCGUCAGCACCGUCGCCGUGAGCGAACUUCCAGGCAGGCCCUGCCCUGUCUUGGGACCUGGUCUUCCGCAAAUCUCAAUCUCGGGCUGCGUAAUUGCAUCACUGGCUUCUUCAGCCUCUCCAACGCUCCCGGCUCCGGCCUUUUCGAUCAGCAUCAUCUCUGGCUCGUCAAUCGAGCGCACCGUCAGCGUCGUCUCUCCGACUGCAACACCUUCUGGUGCUGUGCCUCCUCAGCCGAGCGUUGUCACCAAUUUGAGCUCGUCUGCCACUGAUCACACCUCUGUUUACGCCUCAAGCCCUACUAGCAGCCCUGCAGUCCCCUCGAACACAUACACGGAUGCUACUCACAUUUCAUUCCCAGUUGGAGCAUCAUCCAGCAAAUCCAGCGGCUAUGCUUCUCCCAGCCCAGUUGACAGCUCAGCUACUCCAUCGAACACUUUCACAGAUGCUACUCAUGUGUCGUUCCCAACUGCAUCGGCUUCGACCGGAUACAACUGGCCUUCUGGUCCCGCCAGCUCGGGUGUCGCUUCAAGCUCCAAUACAGACGCAGUUUCCAUCUCGUCUGUACCCGCUACCACAGCCUCAGCCGUCACUCCUGUACCAGGGCCCUCGGGCAGCGCAUCUGAGUACACAACCAUCUCUGGCACGCACCCAACCCUGAGGUCGACCACGUUCGGAAACUCUGGUCUUCCUACCCCAUCGGAUUCCACCAUCGAUAGCACUGUUAGAGUCACGAGCUAUCAAACAAUGACCUCGGUCGUCACGGUUCCAGCAGAGUCCAGCGCGCCCAAUGUCACCAACUCCAACACCAAUACAAACGUUGAAGCUACCGACAUCAGCACAGCAACCGGCAUUUCCGGUCACCCCUCUUCUGGAUAUGGGCAUCCCUCUGGAACCAUGAACGGUACUGUUGUCUCGCCCAAGCCUACGUACAGUGAGGUCCCUGUCAACAUGGGCCAGGUCAUCGGUGCCGGAAAGAGCUCCAUUGCAGCCAUCGUUGUCGCUCUCGCUUUCGCCCACUUUGCAUAA